UAGAGUCUUCUCUUUUUUUCUUUUGCUGGGGAUUUCUUAAUCCAUUAAAGCACAACCAUUCUUUUGGAGUUCCAAAAACCAUUACACAGGUAAAAUACGCGCAAUAUUCCUGUCUUCAGUUUUAUUACCGGUACUUUCCGACAACCGCUGACCAGUAACGUAGCAUAAAAAGUGAAUAUCGUACGCCACUUGCCGAAUACUAAUAAGACGCAAAUGUCACAAAAAGCAAUUAAACGAACGGUUCUACAAUUCUCCCCAAAAAUACCCAGCAAGAAUGCGGUUUGUUUUCAAUUCAAGUCCUCUUAUGCGCUUGGCGUGGAAGCGUGGAAGCGUUCUGCCUCUCAACUGCUAAUAAAGACGUGUUUCUGUUUUAGAUUUUCACCAUGACCGUUUCGGCGGCUCCUAGCGAUACAUAUUGUGUAUGAAAAUUUACAUAAAAUGUACAUCUAACCUUGAGCGGCCUGGGUUGCCCUUCAGCAACUUGAACCCCAUUGCCAACCUCAACCUCGCCUCAAUGCCGGAUGCAUCUCCGGCUAGAUGCUGUUUGCUAGAAUGUUGACCGCAAUCGGGCCGCUGGUUGAGACAGCACCACUACUCGCUCAAUGAUCAACUAUUGUGUUCUAAUGCACGCGAUUCCCGCACGCUGAUGAUGAUCGUCUUCCAUUCAUGCGUGGAAAAAUUACGCCCUUUCGCACUGAUUCACGAUCGGAAGCUGUCAGUUGCGCUCAAGCGUAGAGAUAUCUUUUCGGAAGAUUUGAUAAUGUCUUUAAAUGUAUUUCCCAUAAUUGCAGUGAUAUCAGCUGACCUGCCACACGCAAAAAUGGUUCUAAUGUAUCGUUUCGGAUGUGUAACAUCACCUUCCGUGAAAUAAGUUGCCUUUUUUGAUUGUUUCUGUAUGCGACUCCACACCCAUCCCUUGUGUUCGUUCUGACGAACAGAAUACCUCCCCGGCCAAGUGUUGAUGCGAUGAUUAGGAAUUGUCUAGCGCUCGGGUUGAUGGUGGGGCUGGUCGUUAUUAUUGCUACUGAUUAUAAUGGCGUUGGUCCCGCAAAACUCUACCCAUCGCACAGUACACCUCCCCCCAUUACUGGUUGCUGCACUGUGGCACUGUUACGUAGCGCGCAUUUAUUUCACGCGAGUAAUGAUGAUAUCGACGGGAGCGUUGAAGGGCUUACGGCCAAACCUAGGUCUGAAAUUCUAUUCAGUUUGGAACCGGAGCUCAUCCAAGUAGCUCGACCUGCUUCUAGCCCAUUAGGUCGUUCCGCGUUAGCUCAACAAGUGCGUGUAACUGCUCCCACAACGGUGGACAUAAUGCAUCGUAACGCCGUUACUUUGCAACGCUUAGUGUUACUGCUGCCGGUGGCAGUAAUGGUGUUGCAAAGUGAGAACUAUUUAUCGGUUGUAUCCGGCGCUGCUAACAAUCCGCUGGCAGACGACGAGGAAGUGACAAACACCACCAUGGGUAUUGUUGAUAACGUGUCCAAUGCCCGAGCCGCCAUCGAGCGGUUUAAGAUGAGUGUUCCAACGGUGGACUAUUUGCAGCUUGCCAGCACUGGACUGCAAGAGUAUGUGACCAAUGUGACCAGCCGGUUUGAUGCAACGUUCAAAGACUUUACUACACGUGAGCUUGAAUCGGUACAGCAUGCGCUGAUUGAAGUUAUCCGUUACCUGAAUGGAUACGACUCGGUAAACAGCAUCUCGAUGCUCCAAAAUCUCGACUACAGCAUGUACAACCACAACCUGAUGCGUUCGAUCAACAGUGAUCUUAGAAUAGCGUCGAUAAGUCUCUCGGAGGCGCUCUUCGACCAACGUGACGUGAGUGUUGCCGUGGAUGACAUCUUCGCCGCCACAGACAAGCUGCAGGAAAACGUCCUCCGGCUGGCGGAUGUUAUCGAGAAAGGUGAAGCAUGGACAGUGGAAACCAAUGCACGUGCCCUAGCCGCACAGCAAGCUUUUAACGAAUCGAUCGACACGUACCUGAAUGGGUCGCUCACAGUAGUGGAAGAUAUCGUGACGGCACUAGACGAUCUGCGCACGUACGAGGAGGAUAUGUAUCGGCGAUUGAAAGAGAAAAUACCCACUGCCACCUUUCCGAAAUCGACCACCAACUAUUUUAUCGCCCUGAAGAAAGCGCUCGAAAAUACGAUCCAGAAGAUACGCAUCAACUUUGAAAAUCUGAAGCUGUACAAGCACCGUGACAUUGAGCAGUGGAAAUCGCGAGGUUCGAUCACGGCCCCGAUCGGCUAUAUGACGCAGGUCGCCGUACAGGUUGCAUCCGAUCCAAUGCUCGCGAACGACUGCACCGAGUCGUACAUUGAGAAGAUACUGGCCUUCCCGAACUUUACGAUCGCACACGUGAACGGGUGCCUCGCAGAGCAGACGGCAAACGAGGAGAAAACGUUCGCGAUCAUCUCGCAGGUGCUCGACACGUACGUUGUGGGUGCAAUCAAUGCGUCGUACAGUGCAUUUGACAUUUGUUUCCGUUACGCACCGAGAAAGCUUAACUACUGUCUGGAGUUGAAUGGAUACGAAAAUAAUUGGGCUAAUGGAAGAGUUUACAAUGCAGCGAAGCAGGUGGAAUCAUUUGUGGACAGUGAGAUACAGCAUAACUUCAACGCCUGUGUGGCUCAGAAUGGUUACUUCCUGAACUAUCACAACAUUCAAGAGAUGUGCAUCUACAGCAAGAAACGCACGCGCUAUCGUAAUCGUUGGACGAAGUAAUCUCUUAUCACGCUUCAAUAAAAGCAAACAGUUUCAUUCCA